CAGAGGAGCAGCGGUUCUACUCCCAGAUGACAGCGCUUCUCACCUUAUUUCGAAGAGAGUGCCCAGCUAGCCAUGCUAUGGAGAAAACUAUUUUCGGCCACUUGUUACCCGGGAGCUUGUCCUUUUCGUCACUACCCAGAGCUCAUGACCAUCGUAAUAUACAAUUCAGUAAGGAAAGGAAAAGUUUGUGGUCCAGAGGGAACUUUUUUCUACCUGUGUAAUGUCGGCAGAAGUUUUUAAAAAUCCCAGGAAAAUUAGAAAAAUGGAAAACGUGCUGAAGCAAUGAUGUAAGUUCCUAGUGUUGACCAGCAGGGGGAGCAGUGUAACAACGUGGCUCCAGUCACAUCUCUCACACAUACACGUGUUUUCCAAAGCGAGUACACUAUCCUGGACAGGUCUGGGCUACAAAACUCUUCAUUUACAUAACUGUCCUCACAGUGAUUCAAUGUCAUUGAUCAAACACACCCGGGGUGUGCUGUGGAUGUGUUACAGCCCCGCCCAUAAUGACUUUGUUCAUCUAUUUGGCUAUUAUGAGCAGGAUUAAGUCAAUACACACGCAUUCACGUGAUACACAAGCCCUGUGUGGUCUUCCGUCAUGUUGGUAAAAACAAGUUACAUCAGUCCGCUUAUUGAACUCUGGUAUUGAUCACUUUUCCAAAUGUCCAACUUCGAUCAUCUUUUCGAUUGAGCAACCUCUUUCAACCGAUCCAAUAAGCUCCCACUUGAUACGUCAGGCAUGAUGUAAAAGCAAGCCACCAUGCAUGCAGGAAUUCCUCCAUUCCAUCUCUCUGCCGCCAGAUGAUGUAGAAGACAAAGCUAUCCGUAGAAGGUAGACAUAGAUAGUCAUAGAGCUAGACAGUCACCAUGCAAAUUUCUGUGUUAGCACAGUCAAGACUCGACUGAAUGGUCUGAAGCAAAGAGUCAAACUGGUUGUUGCCGCACAGAGACAGGAGUUACCAGUGACAAACUGGAGCACCAGAGCAGCGCAAGCACAGAUCACCAUCAGUGGCCUCCGUACACUAGCCUCCAACGAGACGGCAUCAACAGCCUACCGCCAGGGAAGAGACAGGUCAUGGAGAAGUUUUUUAGGCCUGUUCACAGCCCCUCUGGCCAAGGUGAGAUGAAACUGCCGAAGUGCCACCAUCCCGAAGACCCGGAGUCACACAGGUUUACACUCUUUGAUGACGCUGAUGUAAAUCAGGAAGAGAACCAAGGCCAACGCCAUCGAAAUGGUCAAUAUCUCCACAACAGCACUCACCGCCGUCAAACGCAGCAAACUCACAACGAAGAGGAUGAGAUACUUUAUGACCAUGGCACUCCUGUAACUCUCUCUAGAGCUUCCUCCUCGUCCCUUUCUUCAUCCUCAUCUUCCGUCUCUUCGUUGUCCUGGUACACAGAGGCAAACGCCAACGAUCGCUUCUCUCUUUGCCACGCUGAACGUCCGCAGCAUUCUCUGUCCUGCUCCAACAUCCCAGACGUCCGCAGAGUUUUCCGGGAAGAUGACAGCAGUGAGCCGGUUGUCUUUGCUACCAUCACACAUGGCAGCAAUGGUAGUGCUGGUGGUCACACUCAUGGCAGCUUGCAACAGAACGCAAGGGCUGUCUUUUCGGCCCUUGACCGAAGUCACAGCAGAAGUGAGGAGGGCCUUCUGAAGGUUAAUGUAGGCCGCAAUGACAGAAAACAAUCCAAGGCACCACACAGCGGGCAUCUGUACAAGGCUUCAAGUUUAAGUCGAAGCCUGGCUUUCAGUGAUGAAGACCUUGUCUUAGGAGUUUCCAGGGGCCCAAAGAGAGCCGUAUCAUCCAGCCAGCUUCCCGGCAAAGGAAUCCUCAAGAACAAAGAGCCUCAUGCUGACAUACGCAAAGCUAAAUCAAUGGAGGUGCUAUCACCAAGAGUUCCCCAACGACAAGAUCCCAGUGGACAGAAGGGGACAGCGAUCGACCAAGCUGGGAUGGAGCGAGUGAGGGAAAAUUUCCUUCAGGGAAAGUUGCAAUUUUCAGCUUUCCUGGAUGAGAUAACAAAGCAGGUGAUAAGUCCAUCGUAUCUCACCAUGCUGGGCGUGAACAAUAACACAACAAGCAACAAGACGUGUGCACAGGCUCCAACACUCAACCCAGUCAAGCCUCAACUCCCACCGAAGAAGAACAGGAAGAACUUUGCCGAAGAGAGGGAACAGUAUCCCAAACACAACAACAGGCAGGAGAAAGGUGCCUCUAGAAAACACUCAGACCUCUCCAAUCCUGACAAACUCGUCUCAUAUGCAGCUCGCAGCCACCAGGGUAGCCCCCCACCUCAUCACUACCGCUUCUCCCCCAGUCACAAUGCUAACCAUGGAAAAAACCGUAAAGACAAGAGAAUGUCACCCGUUGGUGGCUCCCUGUCCGAGGACAGGCACGAAAGGUUUGGCCCCCACCUAACCGACGGAACCAGCACCAGCCCUGAACCGAGCCGUCCCAAACUGCGGCACCACCACAGCAAGCAGCAGACCACUGCCUUCCAUAGUCCACACACCCAGCACUUCCCUCAACCUCAUCAAGGGCACUCUUGCGCGAGGCCGAGCACAUCGCCACCAUCCUCAGCUCAGGGUGCAAGAAUGGGCCUCGGAUCGGAGUCUUCAUCCAGUAAGUCAGACUCACCCAGGACUCCAGACACAACCUCUACUUCUACCGGUCACAGCUCGGCGCAGAGCGGGCGGCACCAUUCAGAGCGUUCGGUGAGCUCAAAGCAAUGCAGAGAUAGACUGUGUGAUUCUGAGCAGCUUCAUGUGCUACAGGAGGAGAACACUGACCUUCACCAGAAUUUGCUGCAGACCGUGGUCUGCAUUGAGAGCCUGGAGUCGGAGCUGCAGAGGACCAGGGACGAACUCAGCAACAUCAAAGAGAAAUAUAAAAGCCUCCUGGAGACACACUCUGGAAGCAGACAGGCCAAUCACCUGCUGGGGGAACACUUGCACAUUGCGGCGGAGAGUAUGAGCGGCGAAAGGAAGUACCUUCUCAGUCGUGUGUCCCAGCUGAGCUCGGAGCUAGAGGACGCUCACAGGACCAUCGCUGCACUGGAGAACAUAAAUCUUCCCUCCCUGAUAAAGGAAUUACUGCUGAAGCACUUUAACUCCACUGAGGCCGAGCAGAAGUUUCUGACUCCUGCCGCUCCUGCCAGCCACUCUGCCAGCUCUCCACCUGCACUCAAGCAGCCUCACACUCCCAAAUCGGAGGAGGCAGCACAGGACCGGUUAACAGAGUCGGAGAAUGCCACCGCUUUUGCUCCCUUUAGAAAAGACGCGCCCAAAACAGGGGCGGAAAUGUGGCUCUCUGCAGGCCCGCUCGAGGACAUCAGCACCGCCAUCUAUGAGAAAAUAAUAGCCAAUUACGCUGGCGCGCCACAAAGUAUCUAUCCUCAUAAUCACCAGCAGUCUUCCCUGGCACUUCAAUACACCGACAGCUCUCUGAAGCACCAGCAGCUCCACAGUGCUGAUGGCCUGGGUGCAAAGGGAGAGGUAAUGGUGACCCUUGUGGAGCAGGACGCUGUGGACGUGACCUCCACGUCGGCACAGCACAUCCUGGAUGAGUUCAUGCACAAGCUGCACACCCGUGAGGGGAUGGGCGAAGGGAAGAAGCGGGAGUGGGAGGUGGGAGCGGAGCAGCAAAGGGGCAACGGGGCAGAGUGACUUCAACCACAACACACAGGGGGCGAAAGUUGAUUUAUUCAUCAUGUAAUAGCAGGGAAAUCAUGUAGAAACAGUCUUGUGUUUAAUCCUGAUCUGUCCUCCUGUCACAGACCAAAAUAUAUCUGCUUUGUGGAACUUUAUUAUAUUUGGAAAAGUGCAGGGUUUUAUCUACCGUAGGUGAUGAAGCGACCGACUAUUGUGAGGUCUUCUGGAACAAAAUGUGUCUCUUUUCUCAUAAUUUUAUGCAUAUAUAAUCAGAUUUAUAAAUAAAUGCAUCUUGUAGACGUAUUUAUUUAUCUAUUACACAAUAACAAUUAUUAAUAUUAGCAUUAUUUAAUAAAAAACAUUGUGUUAUAGUUAUUUUUGCUUCUUAUGGUGUGCAGUUGUGAAGGCUGACAGUUAAUGAACUGGAAACGAAAUACUGCCCUGGAAAAAACCAACAUCCGGUAUAUAUUUGAUGUAUUGUAAUGUAUAUUUGGAAAAGAAUAAUAUUGUCAUUGAUGUUGCAAUAAAAUGGUGUGCAUGUCACCUCCAUAUUUCUGUUCAAUAGCACAUAUAAAAUGAGAUCCAACAGUGCAAAAUGUACAUUCUUGCCAUUUUUCCACAGCUCUUAAAAUGUCGAUCAGGAGUGUACUACACGAACACACAAGCAUGAACACACACGAGGCAAUGUCAGGGUCUCCACUGAUCCUAACUUGCAGAACUUGGAGCCUCGGUGCAGGCCCAGGUCCACCCUGCAAGCUCACGCUAACCGGAGCUGUCAUAAAUACUUAUCUUAACUAUCUAUGCUAAGCCAGUUGAUCCACGGUGCAUUACAGUAUCAUCCUAUAACCUGACAACCUAGCACAGCCUCACAGGGGCUUAUGGGGAGCAAUGCCUUGUUAAUAUGCAUUUUUCUCCAACUAUAUAUUUUGGGAAGUGUAGCGGCUUGACAUACUAAUGUACAUAAAGUUAAGUGAGUGUGUUACUGUUAGGUGGUUAGGUGCGUGCCCCUAAUCAUUUCUUGCUAAAUAAGAAGGCUGCUGCUGUCACCGUGGUGAUAUUGAGACGUACUGUUGGCUGUUCUAUGACAUCAUAAAUGACAUCUAUGACAUCUUAAAAUUGUACAUUUAUGCAGUUUAACCCGUGAUGGCAGUGGUUCUCAA